AUCAGCCGCAAGGUGACCGCAGCUGUUGCACAUCCAGGCGGUGUGGCUGAAUGUGCAUGGUCAUGAGAUGCAGGACACUCCGGAAAAACAGAAGUACUCGGUGGUACUUCGAGUAUCUUUCUGUCACACUGCCUGAGCCCUAGGGAAUGGUGGGGGUGAGUACUAGCAGCCUGAAGAGUGGAGGGAGUAUCUCAUUACACAGUAGAUACUAUCCAUCCAGCGAUGGUCACAAGUCCAACCCCGCACAUGCACUCCGGCUUGCCGAGAAGCGCGCGGGUCCUCUCAGAUUGGCUAGUCCUGCGGGACUGGACCGUGUUACGCUCCGCGACAGCCAAUGGCUCGCGUUGUUGCCGGCAUGAGAUCGAGACAUUGGCCGCCAAUCGGCCCUGCUGGGCCCCGCCUGGAUAUCCCCCGACCUUUCAAGGUCUCCGUUCUUCAUCUGCAAGCCUCGAGCUUGUCUCUCCAUCCCUCCGCCACAGUGGUACGAUCGUACAACUUCAUCCCCUGUACCGUCACUAUGGAUGCCAAAUCGCUGCAACAAGCACGUGGGACGCCGCCUCCCGAAGAGCGUCGUCCCCUUCUCGGUCCCGAUGGUGAUGUUGUACAAUAUGAAGUGGACGAUGACAUAAAGGGUAGGUCCCGACGACCAGCAUCACGAUGGAUAUCAGUUUGGGCCAAGUCAAUCUUUAUCACGGCCAUCCUCUUGAUUAUGUGUGUCCUGCUGGUCCUGUCCUUGCUCUUUCUGGGCCUAGGUAUCUCUGGCCUCCCUCAUGGCCCGUCCGAGAAACCAUCGACUCCAUACGCUCCUAUCAAGAAUGUGGUGGUACUCGUUCAAGAAAAUCUCUCAUUUGACACCUAUGCGGGAGGCUUGACAUACAACUCUACAAUUGACGGCCUCGUGAACCGAAAGUAUUGCAACCCUUCCGAUAUAGAAGAUCAUAAAUCGCACCAAGUCUGUGCCAAACCUACCGCCAAGAAUGUCGCCCCCGAUGAUCCCGACCAUUCUAUCGCGGGUGGAUCAAUGCAGGUCUACAGCACUUAUCAUCCGGAUAACAUAAGUAGUGCUUCCAUGCAAGGAUUUGUGACAGAACAGGUCCGCUCAUACGGCAUCGACGGCGACCUCUCCCGCGCGGCCGAAGUCAUCAACUACUACACCCCGGACCAUGUCCCUGUCCUCAACGCCAUGGCUGAGAACUUUGUACUCUUUGAUGCCUGGUUUGCUGCAGUUCCGGGUCCUACUAAUCCCAACCGCGCCUACUUGACGUCUGGAACUAGCUACGGGCAUGGAAUGAACGACAUUGGCUUUUUGACCUCGGCUCUGCCUCAGGUGUCAAUAUUCGAACAGUUAUCCAACGCUAACAUCAGCUGGAUCAAUUAUUCCAACACAACUGGCUUCCUCCCUGAUGCUCUGUUCUAUAAGUGGACUUUGAGGACCGGAAAGUCCGAGACACACAUCAAGCCCAUCGACGAGUUCUACCGCGACGCUAAGGCAGGCACCCUUCCACAGUUUACCUGGAUCAAUCCUGAAUGCUGCAAGUACAUGUCAUUCCAUCCUCCGUCCCCUAUAAAUAUGGGCGAGGGAUUCAUCAAGAGCAUCUACGAGGCGCUUCGAUCCUCACCGCAGUGGAACGAGACCCUCUUCAUCUUGACUUUUGACGAGCACGGAGGUUUCGCGGACCACGUCUCCCCGCCCGAGAAUGUACCCCCUGGUGACCAUCGCACUCAUAAAGAAUGGGCUCUAGAUGGAAGCAGAAUUGAGUUCAAGUUCGAUCGGCUCGGAAUACGCGUCCCCACGCUGCUGAUGUCUCCCUGGGUUGGGAAGGGCGUUGUCCAGAAUCGUCCUACAAAUCAGCCGAACGAUUUCACCCAUACUUCCAUUCUGAAGUAUCUCUCUGAACUGUGGGAUUUGCCUGUAUUGACGCCGAGAGUUGCCUGGUCGCCGAGUUUCGGGGGAUUGAUCACCAACAGGUAUCGGGAAGAUACCCCUGAGAAACUUCCUGAGCCUGCUGACUUCUAGAUGAUCUAUAAGGGAUGUGAUAUGAUAAAUGUAAUGACUAGAAUGGACCAUAGGUUGCACACUUUCUGCGUAUGAUAUUGAUUGGAGGACUGGAAUUUGGCUCGAGGACUGUGUCAAUUACUGGAUUAAUUAUUCUAUUAUCGUUCAUAGUUAUAAAGUAUGGCAAGCUAUCACAAUUGAACAAACAAAUUGG